GGGCCUUUCUGCCGUGACCUCUGACAGUCAUUUUCUAGAUCAUGGACAGUCAUCAAGACCAGGACAGUCCUGCCGAGCCUGACCCCCAUGAGCCACAAUACGAGGAAUUUGACGCCGUGAACUUUCUCGUUCGUGGAGGGUACCCGAUUGAGCGCGAGGAGCUGUUCGCUUUUACGAAGAAGCUAGCCUCGGAUUGGAUUGCCAAAGGCGUGCCGACCAUUGUACCCUCCAGCAAGGACGAUCCGCCCAUAAUGCUCAAGCUCAUGGACGAUCUCCUUCGCUAUUUCCCGGAUCUGGAGUGCUCUGCCAUCGGCAACCCCGCCGACCCCAAGAAGUGGACAUACUUUAUUGCCACUGAUCAGGGUCGUUACGUGGACGUCCCUUUAGCGGAGUAUCGUGACAUGGUACGGAGGCAAGACUUCUGGAAUCCCGAGCCCAAGCUCCGACUACAGGAGACGAUUGCUGACGCAGAGGUCAGAGACCUAUUGCAGAAGAUUGGCGCGAGGUUGCAUCCUUUCCGUACUGUUUUCUGGGAUUGAAGCGUUGGCACUGCGAUGUCUCCCCAUGCGGGUACACGCAAUUAUGCCUGUUCACUGGCCAGCAGCAGGCUCGACUACAGCUUCAGAGCACUUUACGUAAAUCUUGUCUAGUCCGCGCAGAAGAAAAAAGCAUUUGCUUGACUGAGC